GUUGCUAAAUAGUGAUCCGCUCAGACCCUGACGCUCAGGCCGCCUCUGGGCCUUCCUGCCAGAUCCUGAGCCCCUCGGUUGACCUGCUUCCUCCCGGUGGGUCGGUGCCGGUGCCGCCGCUGAACGGGAACCGAGACUUCUGCCCGUUUUUCUUUCCGUCGUUAUUUUACCGGCACCGUGUGACGCACGCGCCGCAGAGCGUAACAGUCGCGGAGCUGCAGCGGGCCGGCAGGGGGCGCGCUUCUCUCAGCUGAGCCUAACACGCAGAGGGGGGCGGGGACGCGUCGCUGAUCCAGAGUCAGAUGUUACAGAUGUGAAGUGAAACCAGAUCAACGGAGACAGAACAUCAGCUGAUCUGGAAACAGCGCUGAGGACACGCGCUCCAUUGACUGACAGGGACAACACAAUAGGGCGGUGUUUGUCAUUAGGCUCGAUCAGCGGACACACCGCUCACCCGGGACACGCUGCUGAACAAACCAAACGGUGACAUUACAAUCCGAGCGGAGGAAUUCGGGUAAAAGUGAAAGUGGCUCCUCGGCUGUUGACCGCUCUGCCCCGGUGGACACAGGCUCGACCCCGGGUCCAUGAUAGCACCGCACGGACGCGGAGGUGAUCGACACGGCGGGACACCCUGGAAGAGACGGAGAAGCCCCGGGAGGACGCCGGUCACCGCGGACUCGAUGUGAGAAUCGUCGCCGCAACAUGUGACGUGAACCGAGAGAAAACUGCGACCGAGGCCAACGACAUCAUGUUGGUCCGGAGCCCGCCCGGCCGUGGCCGAGCCAGAGUCACUCAUGCCGUGGUGGUGAUCUUCCUGGAGUUCUUCGCCUGGGGGCUGCUGACCACGCCCAUGUUGACCGUUCUUCAUGAGACGUUUCCUCAGCACACCUUCCUGAUGAACGGCCUGGUUCAGGGAGUGAAGGGCUUCCUGUCAUUCCUGUCGGCUCCUCUGAUUGGUGCUCUGUCAGACAUCUGGGGCAGAAAGUCCUUCCUCCUCAUGACGGUCUUCUUCACGUGCGCUCCCAUCCCCUUCAUGAGGAUCAGCCCCUG